UUACCUUCUCGGACGGGUUGCCCCGGAUUGUCCCGGGUUGUCCCGGUUCCUCCCGGUGUGGCCGAGCGGCAUGGCCCGGAAUGGCGGUCUCUCCCCCCCGCCCGGCACGGCCCGGUCCCCGGAGAGCUCGCGGGGGGAGCUCUGUGAGCGGGUGCUGGACAUGGAGAGGGAGCUCCGGGGCUGCCGGCAGGAACUGCGCCGCAUCCAGAGACAGCUGGGCCGGAGCGAGAGACUUCACCGGAGCACGGAGAGCCGGAACCGGGAGCUCACCCGGCAGGUAGAAGAGCUGAGCAGAGAAAUCCAUGAGAGGCAAACAAACUCAGAGAAAGGGACUGAUCAGGAGGUUCAGACAGAUGAUUAUUCCACUUGGUCAUAUUCGGAUUACUACAACUAUUCUUCCCAUGCUAAUUGUUAUGACACAAAUAUUACUUGUGGAACGGCUGUUCAGGAGGUUGGCAAUAGCAACGUAGAACCUGCUGGCGUGUUCGAUUCAUCUGUUACUGAAUCAGCAGAACAUUCAGAGGAGCCCAGCGUUCCGUGCCUUGGAGAAGAUCCCGCAGAAUUAUAUGCUGACAAUGUUCAGGAUGAAGAACAAGGAUCCCUGGCAGAAGCUGCACGGUCUCAGACUGACUUUAAAUAUGAUGAAAGUUAUGUAAAGACUGUUUCGGAUGAAGAACAAGGAUCCCUGGCAGAAGCUGCACGGUCUCAGACUGACUUUACAUAUUAUGAAAGUUAUGUAAAGACUGUUUCGGAUGAAGAACAAGGAUCCCUGGCUGAUAGCUUGAGAGCAACUGCAGAAGCUGCACUGUCUCAGACUGGCUUUACAUAUGAUGAAAGCUCUGGGAUGUACUAUGACCACAAUACUGGAUUUUAUUAUGACUCGGAAUCUCAGUUAUACUACGACUCUUCCACUGGUAUAUAUUAUUACUGUGAUGUGGAAAGUGGAAUCUACCAGUUUCAUUCUCGAGUGGACUUGCAGGCCAUUACAGACACAAACUCUCAGCCAAUCAGAAACAAAAGGGAGAAGAAGAAGAGAAAGGAGUUGUUUAAUAACAUGGCAACAAAGGAAAAGGGUACAAAGGAGUUGAAAUCAGUGCUAAGCUCAUCUUACAGUAGUGCAGAUCAUGACAGACUCAGUGCAUCUGAAAGGAAAGAGUUUGCCAGUGACAUAAAGAAGGCCAAGAUGAGCAGUUAUAAUGUAGAUUCUAAUGGCAGAAAGAGCUCCUCGUCUUCCGAGGAGAGUGAGCCAGAGGAGGGUGAAAUUCUAAACUCUGACAAUGAGAAGACUUCCAGUGAUGACGAGCUGUCCUGUGGCAACAGUCAAACUACCAACAACUCAGACAUGGAAGAUGCCGAGACAAUCUGGCCCCCUUGUAUCCGAGUAAUAGUGGUACGUUCACCGGUAUUGGAGAAAGGAUCCCUUUUCAUCAUUACAGCUGUAAAAAGGGCCACCAUUGGACGAGAAAAGGACAUGGCCCAUACCAUCCGAAUCCCGGAGCUUGGUGUCAGUAAGUUUCAUGCUGAAGUGUAUUUUGACCAGGAUUUACAAAGCUAUGUUCUCAUCGACCAAGGCAGUCAAAACGGUACCGUUAUUAACGGAAAGCAGAUUUUACAGCCCAAACAAGUUUCUGAGCCUUGUGUGCUGGAGCACGGAGAUGAAGUGAAAUUUGGUGAAACCGUACUUUCUUUCCACGUUCACCCAGGCAGUGAUACCUGCGAUGGAUGUGAACCUGGGCAAGUCAGAGCUCAUCUUCGCCUCGAUCAGAAAGAAUCAGAUUUAGCAGGUCCAAUACUAAGCAAAGAAGGGAAGGAAUUAUUAAGAAGACAGGAACUUAAACAGAUUAGAGUGAAAUAUGGCUUGCAGAGUGCUGACUAUGAAGAAAAUAAAGCUUUGAAAACUUCAAAAUACCUGGACCGGGCUGGAAAGCGCAGAGAGAUAGUUGGAAGUGAGGGAACUUUCCAGCGAGAAGAUGCACCAUCAUCUGUACAUGUUGAAAUCAAUGAGAAGAACAAAGGGAGAAAAAUGCUUGUGAAGAUGGGAUGGAAAAAAGGAGAUGGCCUUGGAAAAACUGGUGAUGGUUUGAGAGAUCCGAUUAAAAUUCAGCUCCGUCAGAAGAAAGCAGGGCUGGGGACAUAUAACCCUUCUUCCAUUGAGGAAAUUCAGACCAAAACUCAGAACAAGAAGAAUUGGGAGAAAGCCAGGGAGCGAUAUGCAGAAACCUUUCCAGAAGACAAGCAGCCGCAUGAAUCCAAGAGAGGAAGUUCUUGGGUUAAAGGCUCUGCACGAUGACAUCCUAUACAAAGGCGCACUGUGGUCUGAUCUGCUGUAUGCACAGAAUGCAUUUGUUUAGGUCUUUGUCGCCCCUUUCCAAUUAUUUGCACAUUUAGACUGUUGCAUACAUGUAGUGUCCUUCUAUAAAACUGGCAUCUAAAUCAAUGUAUGCUGUCAUGUGCAUAAUACAAUAUGACAAGGGAACUGCAAACCUUAGUCUAGAAUCGCUGAACUGGAAAAUUACUAACAUUGGGCAAUAUUUCCAAUUUGACGAAUUUAGCCAAAAAAAAAAGCGCAACUCUUUAGGGCUUCUCUACAAUUUUCAGUUUAGAGAAAACACUAAGAAAUGUGUAGUGAAUUGACAACCAGAUUUCCAAUAUUCUGGCAUUUUUUGUAAUUUGUGUAUAUAGUAUAGAUCUCCUUCCCAAAUUCAACAAAAAUGUUUUUAAGUAUUUUGUGAAUAUUUCACUUAAUUUCUGUAAAUACCACAUGUGCGAAUUUUCAUGAAUUCAAUGUGAAUUUGGGCUUUGAGGCCAAACUAGCCCAAAUAAAAAAAUAUAGUGGUCUUGA